UACGGUCUGAUGCCACUCCGCUGGUGUGGUGUCCCGCUGAUCGUUCUGUCACCGAUACGUAACUCAUGCGUGACUCAAAAGUGUGGAUGUGCCGAAGAACACCGACGCAGCACGUAUAUGGUGACGUACGAGCUCUCUCUCCCUCUCUCUCUCUUUUUCUCUCUCUCUAUCCCUCUAUCCCUCUCUUCCUCUCCUCUAUUGCCGCUUCAGUGCCAAAACGUCCCUGUUCCCACUCGCGCGCACUCUCCAACACCACGCGCUCGCUCCUCUCCAAAAAAGCCCACUCGGAUUUACGCGCGGAUGCUUCGUUAAAAAAAAAAAAAAAAAAAAAAAAAAAAAAACGCUCAGAGAAACUCGCUUGUCGUGAAGGUGAAGGGGAGAAGGGGAGCGCGCGACUUCUGGCAAACGUCCGUGCGUAAAGGUCGGCGCAUCGGAGCAGGUGCAUAGAUGGAGAGGUUCGUGUGCCAUUGAAGGAGGACACGCAGCGAUGGAUCUGACGCACGGAUGAAGCGCGGCGGUUGAAGUAAGUCAACGGGAAGUGAAGAUUCCAACAAAAUGUAUAUAGCACUUCUACGAUCCAUCUAAAACACCCCCAAACAUCUCCUUAUCUCAACCUUAAACUCCGUCUCCAUCCAAACAACAAUGUAACCGCCAUCCUACAUUCUACCACAUUACCCAGAACCCCCUUGUGCUACAAACAGACUACAAACAUGACGAUGGAACAGUGGCCCUUCCUCACCAGCCCGCCCAACAUCUCCUUCCCCGAAUCGCUGAUGUACGACGGCUACUUCCCGGACAACGAUUCGGACUACAACAUGACGGAGCAGGCCAACAUGCACCAAGACACCACCAGCUCGGUCGUGAUCACGCUCAUCUACUUCGUGGUGUGCAUCAUCGGUCUCUGCGGCAACGCUCUGGUCAUCUACGUGAUCCUGCGCUACGCCAAGAUGAAAACGGUCACCAACAUCUACAUCCUGAACCUGGCAGUGGCGGACGUGUUGUGUAUGAUGAGUCUGCCGUUCAUCGCGCUGCAGUUAGCUUUGGUGCACUGGCCCUUCGGAGAGGCACUGUGCAGGAUCAUCAUGAGUGUGGAUUCUCUCAAUCAGUUCACCAGUAUCUUCUGCCUGAUGGUGAUGAGCAUUGAUCGCUACCUGGCAGUGGUCCACCCCAUAAAGUCAACAAAAUGGAGGAAGCCACGCGUUGCUAAGCUGAUAAACCUGACCGUGUGGGGCGUCUCUCUCCUGGUGAUCCUGCCCACCAUGAUCUUCAGCGGGCUGGAUAACGUUCCUGUGUGUGGGAUCGUCUGGCCAGAGCCUCAAGAUGUCUACUACACGGCCUUCAUCGUCUACACGUUCUUCAUCGGGUUCUUCAUGCCCCUGGUGGUGAUCUGUAUGUGCUACCUGCUCAUCAUCAUCAAGGUGAAAUCGUCGGGCAUGCGCGUGGGCUCCACCAAGCGCAAACGCUCCGAGCGCAAAGUCACCCGUAUGGUGUCCAUUGUGGUGGCCGUGUUCGUCCUCUGCUGGCUCCCAUUCUACGUCUUCAAUGUCACCUCAGUAACCAGCUCCAUCAAGCCCACCCCGGUCGUCAAGAGCACCUUUGACUGUGUGGUGGUGCUCGGCUAUGCCAACAGUUGCGCUAACCCCAUCCUGUAUGCCUUCUUAUCGGACAACUUCAAGAAGAGCUUUCAAAACGUUCUGUGUUUGAAGAAAGUGGCCGGGCUGGACGAGAUGGAGCGCAGUGACAGCAGAGCGGACCGGAGCAGGAUGGUGCAUGACGCUGUGAUCAUCGGCGCCAACUUGGAGACUCAUAAUGCUUCUUUGCUAAACGGCGAAUUGCAGACUAGCAUUUGAACUGAUGUUUACAUUGCUGGACAAACAUUGCUGGAAUAUGAUGUAAUGGUUCCUACAGAUGGCAAAGUCCGAACCUAAACCAACAAUUUUUCAAGGGGGCUACCAGGGUUCACCGAGUCCCAUUCAAUAUUGGCUCAGUGACGCAACGUUCCACUAACUUUGCACCAUGGCCUUGAGUAAAACGUAGUGAUUUUCAAUACUGUACGAGGAGCUCAUGCCAGACCAUGGCAUUAACGUGCUGUUCUAGCUUGCAGGGUUGAGAAGUCACGUCCAACUUGUGAGCAGAAUUCAUAUUUUCAUGGAUUCUAUUGGAUUGUGGAAAAUUCAGGUCAUACAAAAAGUUUAAGUUCUUGGGACAUAACCAGAUCAAGUCUAUAAGUGAGGUUGGAUGGCUCAGUGGAGAGGAGCCAAGGAAAACAGCCCCUCUGAAACUUUGUGAUAAGAAGUGGAAAUAGAACAUAAAAUUGGACAGAAGAGACAGGCUAAAAUUGUGGCAUAAAAUUGUACAAUGACUCAAACACUGUUCUAAGAAAGUAGCUCUGGCCUUGCGAGCAUGGAAACUUGUACAUAAGAAGUAUUUUACUCAACAAUACUGUACAGUGACUGAUAUUUUCAUAGCUUCUAUAUUGUAGCUUGCGUGUAUAUAAAGAUUGUGAGUGUGCUUCACUAUUACUGGCAUCCUUGAAUUGAGAAAGUAGACAUUGACAUAUAGAUUAAAAGUUGUGUAUUACCCAAAAUGGAUUCUUGUGAGUUUUAAGACAUGUUAUAAUGUUAAUGUUAAAAAAAAUUAUCUCCUCAAAAACAUUCAUUUGCACAUUCGUUUGAGUAACCCUUUAUUUUUAGUCGAUAAGUGUUUUGGUCAUUUUUAAGCAGCUUUUCUGUAUUUUACCUAAACAAAUCUCAAUUUAUGCCUCUCUUUAUUGUUGGCAGGGAUUAAAUUUGUUAAAAAUAGGGACACUUGGGACAUUUCUUGUAUAAAACUGGGACAAAUCACUGUUUUGGGAUAAAUCUGCUGGGACAGGGGACACAGGGCUCAAAACUGGGAUUGUCCCGGGUAAAUAGGGACGUCUGGUCACCCUACAUCAAGUUGUAGUAUAAAAGCUGCUACCUUUACCUUUAGUUUAGUAGAAAUUGUCAGUUCCAGGGCUGAAAUCAUCCAAAUGAUUGUAGUGAAGGUGUAUGGAAUUUUAAAACACAGUGUAUUGCCACAGGACAUGACAUGAGUGUUUUCAGUUUGACAGAAGAACACAGCGUAAACACCAUAAUAUAGGCUCUUUAAAAUGUUUUCACAUAUUGAUAUUCUAUCCCUUUCACUUUAAUAGGACAUCAAUGUUUCUAGACAGCGCAGAUAAAUUGUUGUUUAUACGUUCAUGACAUUUGCCGACAAGUAUUAAGAGUAAAAAUCGAACUUUCAGCUGCAGUUUCUAAAGCUUACAAAGUUAUACAAGAUUUGUGGUGCACGCUAAAAUUAUACUGUCGUUGUCUGCUAUCUUUUUGGUGUCAAUUUAACAUUAAUUUUCAAGGCACACUAUGUAACUUUUGGUUGGGGGUCUGUCAUCUGUUUGUUUCUAUGGAUAUGUCAUUGCUUUGCCUGGAAUGUUCCACAGUAUGACAUUAAACUAUACUACUAAUGUAAACUCUACCUUACAUUUAUUCAAUUACAGGUGGUUUUAAAGCUCCAAAAUACCUACAAAAACAACUGUAACUUGGUCUGGUUUGGUCUCCAUGCAGAUAGAAAGGUUUAAUGCCAAACUGUGAAAUAUUCCAAAUGAAGUAAUAACAUCUCAAUGGAGACAAACCUUUAAGAAAUGUUAAUUACAUAGUCAUUAAUAUUUACGGUCAUUUUUGCACAUUAAAUUACACAAAACAAUACAAUAGGCUACAUGAUUGUGUUUUCUGACAAGGCUCUGAUGUUACUCACGUCAAAUAGAAUCUUAGGCUACGUUCAGACUGCAGCCUGAAGUGACCCAAAUCUGAUUUUUUUCACCCCAUGCUCCUGUAUCUGAUCUUUUAAUGACAGUCUGAACAACACAGAUCCGAUUUUUUCAAAUACGACCCAGGCCACUUGGAUAUGUGCUCCUAAAAACGAUACAUAUAUGAUCUUUUGACAUGUGACUUCAGUCUGAACGGUCAGGUUGCAUUCAUUCCACCUACACGUCAGGCUCGGAGUCUCGUCAUUGAAGAGACAGCGAGGUUAGCGAGUUAAUUGAUAUUUGGGGGUAUCGCUGUGUUCAGGCCAAAUUGGAUGGGCCUUAUCGGAACCGGGCAGUUUUUGAAAUGAUUGCCAGAGAAAUGUCCGAGCGCGGCUACAGACGUCCUGGCUCUAAUGUCAACAAAAAAUAAAGAGCCUGUGAACCAAAUAUAGGCUAAAGACUCAAACAAACAAAGCGGCCAUGGACGUGUAACCUGUCCAUUUUACAAAGAACUGGACCGUAUUUUGAGAGACAAGCCCAGCAUUUUAGGAGACUUCUGUAAACACUGAGCAUGCUCACUGCGUUUGACAUCAUCAUGUCCUCCAAUGCACAUGCGGGACACUUUUGGAGCAUUUAAAGUUCACAUACAAGUGAACUUUAAAUGAUUAUAUACAAGUCACAUUUGAUUGUAAAUGUGAACGACCUCGCAAAAAAAUCUGAUUAAAAAAAAAAAACCUCAGAAUUGAGCAUUCUGAGCAGUCUGAACAGAGCCUUAAUUACAUAGUCAUGUUGAUGCUAGUUGCUGCGUCAAGAAAUCACGCAAAACAAUGUUAUACAAGCUUGUGUUUUCUGACAAGGCUCUGGUGUUACAUCUGUUCAAAUGAUUUUCAGUCACCAAAACAGCCCUAGUCCUUCAGAGUUUGCAGUGUUGAGAAUCUAAAGCUUUGUCUCCCGUUGAAAUUACAGGGAAAUCAAUGUAAUGUAGGCCUGUCUUUUCAAUGGAGACACUCUUACAAAUACUGCAAGGGCAUAUGUUCCUGUUUUUAACUGAAAAUUGAAUUCAUUUUGAAUAGUUUGCCGUGUUCCAAACUAAUUCCUUACCUUUUAAACACACUCCCAGUACUUCUGGGUUUGCAAGCAGCACAUAGCAGUCUAAAUUUGAUCUUGAGCUGCUUUUACAACAUUGGGGGCAUUUUUAUAUUUUGGGAAAGAAGGUUUUCACCACCACUUCAUUCAAGGAUGCCAUUUUUGCAAAGAACACUCUAUCUUGUUAAGAUGUGGUAUUAACACAUUUUAUACAUGUACCACUGUAAAAAAAAAAAAAAAAAAAAAAGAGAGAUUUCUGCUGGGUAAGUGUGAUGAAACGUACAGUAUUUUCUGAUGUCGGUGAUAGCGGCUCCACUUCUCCAUGUGUGAAGACGUCCGCACAAAGACUGUGAGCUACAUAGAAGGGGUACAUUGAGUAGCACAUUACAGUUCACAGUGGGGGGAGCGCUUCGGGCCAUACGCUCAAAAUAUUCUGUCAGAAUUUCCUAUGAAUGGGCCGUGUCAUUUUAAUAGCACUCAGCUUUAAUGAGGAAUACGCUGCUGAAGUGGCGAGAUGUGUUGAUUAUGCUGCGUUAUUUUUAGAAUGUUAAUUCCAUUUUUGAAAAUACAGCCAUGAAUUAAAAAAACCCAUGAGCAUAGCAGUCAAGCCCUUGUAAAAAAUUGCAGGGAUUACAAGUAUUUUUCCUGAUGAUUUUUGAAAGCCAAUGCAGAAUGGAGCUCAACACUUACCAUCAAUUUCCCAUUCAUUUUUCCCAUAGACUUAUAAUAAAAAAAAAUAAAAAAACAGGAAACAAAUGACCACAAGCAAGAGCUAUAAUUUUAUAUAAAAUUAGUUUCUCACUUUGUAAAGCGCUACAUUAUUAAAACAUUACACCAAAGUUUAGGAUUUAAAUGUAUUUUUUGUACUGAAAACAACCCUGUUAUGGAUAUACUGCAGGUCUCUCAGUUACCACUAGGGUUGUCAAAAGUAUCGAAAGUCAGAUACUAAUUGAGACUAGAUACUUAUUUGAUCCAGUAUCAAUACUAAAAGAGUCACAUUCACAGGACAGAAAUAUACUUUUCCUGAAUAGCUUUAGAAUGAUCUUGAGCUGUAUCAGAACAAGUAUAAGAGCGCAGAGACUAGUAUACACCCAUGGACCAGACACAGAUAUAACUCAUGGUAAUAUAAAAGAAAGUAGUGUUUCUAUUAUCAUUGUGGUAUCAGAAUGAGUAUCGGAUGUAUUCCUUAGUAUCAAAAUCAAGCUUUUUAGUAAAGUGACAGCAGUACUUACCACAUCGAUAGUUUCAUCAUUCCUUAAUCAUUCCU